AAUACAAACCUCCCUGCCUUCUUCAAGUUUCAUAGGAUAAAACCUCACUUUUCCCCAUCAGUUUUUCAUACGAUAUACAUAAAUAAACAUCCGUAUUCCUCCUCUAAAACUCAAAUCUCAAGAAUCUGAUGAAAUUCACUCAAGAAAACAAGUCUAAUCCCUUCUCCAGAUCUCAAGUUCUUCAAACGUUUUGAGUUUUCAACAAUACAGGAGAAGACGGAGAUGUUGAAGUGCGAUUGAUGGAGAUUUGGUAUCUCGGUUGGAAACACGGUCUCAUUAUUCAAGGAAUUGAGUUUCGUCCAGAAUGAAGAAGAGAAAGAUCCUCUUCUUCUUUGUCUUUAGUUAUAUGGUCCUUCUUGAGGAACUAUUUGGGCCACCUUGUGUUGCCGUUGUGAUUGUUCUAUAUAAUGCUCAAAAUUUAUUUAUCUAAUCAAAUUUACGAAAUCGCAUGUUUAUUUUGAUGGAAACUGAGAUUGGUCAGCGUGUACUUUGAUUUGUUAGCAGACACAAUGGAACCGGCAAAGAGCUCUUAGUUUGCCUAGCUAAGGCAAAUGGCGACUUUGAAAUUUGUGGUUUCCUACAACGACCUCAAGUUAAUAUAAAAUUACGAUUGAGUUAUAGAUAUUUAAAGGAUAUUUUAAUACAUAUAGCGGAUCAGUGCAAAACUAAAGUCAGAGGUUCUUUUUAUAAACUAAAUCUGCACCAGUUUCAGAUACUUUAAGAAACUAUUUUGGACCUUUUCUCGUAUUAAUUGUGACUAAUAAGAGUUCCCAUGUUUUUAUUUGAGUAAAGCAUCUGGUACGCCUCUGAACUUUGACCAAAGUUGCUCUGACACACUCCAACUGCACUCCAACUGCACGGGGUCGUAUUACCCCCCUAACUCAAUUUUAGGGUAUUUUUGUGGCCCUUUUGUGCUGACAUGACAUCUUUUGGCACCUUUUUUGGCUGACAUGAAACUUUUGAUGUGGGGCCCAUUUUAUGUAAAAAAGUUGUCAUGUCAGCACAAAAGAGUGUCAAAAAUACGCUAAAAUUGAGUAGGUAAUAGGACCCUUGUGAAGUUAGAGUGUGUCGUAGCAACUUCGGUCAUGGAUUGAACGGAGUAUUGGAUGCUUAUCUCUUUUUAUUUCUUUAAUUUGAUUAAUUUAAUCGUUAUUAUGUAAUGUCAAUUUCUUAGUUGCUAAGAAUUUUGACUUUUGGGUUUCUUGGUAAGACUCUGGUUGAGUAAUUGACAAGUGGUCUUUAUUUGUUUAUAUAUGUAAACAGUACAGAUGUGCAGCAACUUUAAUUUAUUAAUUUUUCUGAUGGACAGUUUCCGAUUGAUGCCGGAAGGUUGCAUAUCAGCAAUUAUCUCCUUAACAUCACCAAAAGAUGCUGCUCAGUCUUCAGCUGUCUCGCAAACAUUCAUGUCUGCGGCAGAAUCUGAUGUUGUCUGGGAGUCAUUUUUGCCCACUAAUUACGAAGAUAUUGUCCCUAGAUCAGACUCUCUUAUGGAUUUUCCUUCGAAGAAACAACUUUACUUCAGCCUCUGUAACUCUCCGAUUCUUCUUGAUGGAGGCAAAUUGAGUUUUUCAUUGGACAAGAAAACGGGGAAUAAAUGUUUUAUGGUCGCAGCACGAGAACUUGGUAUUGCAUGGGGUGAUACACCAGCAUAUUGGGAAUGGAUAUCUCACCGGGACUCCAGAUUCUCUGAAGUGGCUAAACUUAAUAGCGUCUGUUGGCUUGAUAUCCGGGGCAAAAUUGAAACUCGAGUGCUGUCGAAAAGAACUGAAUAUUUUGCUUAUCUAGUGUUCAAAUUUGAAGAUACAUUUUUUGGCCUUGGAAGUGCUAAUUCAGUUGUUAGAUUUGUUGAUUGUGAGAGUGACAAUGAAGCGGAGCGACGAGCAAAUGUUGUCAGUUUUGUAGGACAAGGACCUAGAUCGAUGCUACCCAUGGAAAGAGAUGAUGGAUGGAUGGAAUUAAAAUUGGGAAACUUUUUCAACGAUACAGGAGAUGACGGAGAUGUUGAAGCGCGAUUGUUGGAGAUUCACUAUCGCAGUUGGAAACACGGCCUCAUUGUUCAAGGAAUUGAGUUUCGUCCAGAAUGAAUAAGAGAAAGAUCCUCUUCUUCUUUGUCUUUAGUUAUGGUCCCUCUUGAGGAACGUAUCGAGAUAGAACCGUAUUUGGUUAGGUGAUGUGUGCUGAUUGAUAAGCAUGGAACGUAUAAUGGAAUAUUCAAAAGAUUUUCUACACAAACAUCUAUUUGGGCCACCUUGUGUUCCCGUUGUGAUUGUUCUAUAUAAUGCUCAAAAUUUAUUUAUCUAAUCAAA